GGACCAUCUUUUGGUGUCAGUUCAAACGUUUAACGGGCCGCAGCACGACCCUAUCGAUAAGAAGUGAAUCAAAGCAAGAAAUAGUAAAAAUUACAUAAUGCAUUUAUACAAAUUUCUAUUAAUUUCCCUAUUGGCCAUGGUCAGUGUGCAAGGGCUUCUGGCCGCUUGCGUUUGUUCGGAGAAGGGCUCGGAUUAUUGCCAAAGCUGCCAAGGAGCCACUGUGGUGCGUCCAAAGCCACGUUAUUACGAAUCGUCACCAGAUGUGAAUCUCUCGCCCAUUGGUGAUAACUGCUGGUGCAGUAAACAACUAAUCGAACCAGCUCAAUUGCCAAAAACAUGUGGAAAAAAGACACCAUGCAAACCCACCUGUGGCUGCCAACAGAGUGAUGAUAGCAGUUCCAAUUAUGGCAACAUUGUCUAUUCGAAAACAACCCAAGAGGACUCAAGCUCUGCAGCGGAUCCCAUAAGUGUUGGCCUGGCCGUUCAAGCAGGCAAGGCCAUCAAUGUGCCAGAGGCUAAAUUGGCCUAUGGAUUUGCUCAGAAGCCAGUCGAUGGUAUACAGAAAGUAUACUUCUCCAAUGUACCCGAAGAGAAUCUAUUCAAGCUGAAAAGUGAUGUCAUCACCCUAAAGAAACGCACCUACAGCAAGCAGACAGACGAGGAGGAAUACGAAGCCGAGCAGGAGGAGGAGGAAACAACCAGCGACGAUGAUGAUGAGGCUGCACCACAAUUGACAUACAAACAGUUGGGUUACAUUACGGAACAGUAUAAGGAUCCCAAAUUCAAGAAAAUCAAAUCCAGUUAUAGUAGCCGUAGUUCAUAUUCAUCCAGCUCCAGCGAUGGCUAUGGCAAAGUGGCCGGCAAAGUUUCCGUCGAUUGUGGCUUUAAGCCAGGUCGUGUCACUUCCUAUCGUAAUGCCAAUCGCCAGGAACCCGAUGCGGGCAAUUGUUAUUGAUAAACAGACGCCUAAAUGAUGAUGAUGAUGUAUAUAAAAUGAUUAGUUUUAAGACCCUAAACGAACCAAACAAUUAAAGCGACAACGUUCAAAGUUCAUCAAACUUUUACAUUUUCCAAACUAAAA